AUGAACACUACUGAUCAAAAUAACAUCGAUCUAGUAAACGAAAUUAAUGAUAGAUUAUAUAGAUCACGUAAUAUUUUAAUUUUCAAUACUUCUGAAAACGAUAUUAUAAGUGAUGAAGCAGUUGUUAAUGAUUUAAUAUCUAACAUGAAAGUAAGUGUAUCUAUUUCUAAAAUCCAAAGAAUAGGUAACUUAUCAAUUAAAAAUCGGCCAUUACGAAUUACAUUCAAUGAAGCAUCAGAUGUAAUUACUAUUCUAAAAUCAAAAUCAAAAUUACGCAAUACAGAUAAAUAUAAAAAUCUUUGGAUAAAUUCGGACCUGACAACUAUCCAACGUGAAAAAAUGAAGUCUCUUCGUCUUGAACUUCAGCAAAAGAGGAGAACAACGGGGAAAGAAAUUGGAUUAUUAAAUGCCUUCAUGGAGUUCCCACACUUUUUCAAAAAACUGAUUCAGCCUGGGCAAAGUGAUUUUAAUUUAUCCGGUAUUCGGUUUACAAAUAACAAUAUUGGUCUGAAUUAUAAUACAGAUAAAUCUCACGUGACAGGUAAUAUUAUUUACGAAAGCUUUGUGUCACUUAAUUUGUUUCAAAUGAAUGAAUAGUAUAGUAAAUGAAUAUGGUUCUCAACUUGAUCUGGUUUUCUCUA